AUGACUUCAACGCUCACUCGCGACCAAGUCGCCUCUGCCCAGCUGCAGGGUGAUUUUGCUAUAAAAUCUGAGAGUUCGCAGCCCAAGCUCGACACAUCGCAAUGGCCGCUUCUGCUCAAAAACUAUGACAAGCUUCUCGUUCGCUCCAGUCAUUUUACACCCAUACCGUCUGGAAGCAGUCCAUUGAAGCGAGACCUUGUCUCAUACAUUAAGUCGGGCGUGAUCAAUCUUGACAAACCUUCUAAUCCUUCAUCACAUGAAGUCGUGGCCUGGUUGAGGCGCAUUCUACGCGUUGAGAAAACUGGACAUAGUGGUACGCUUGACCCAAAGGUCACGGGGUGCUUAAUUGUCUGCAUUGACCGUGCUACGCGAUUGGUCAAGUCCCAGCAAGGCGCAGGAAAGGAAUACGUGUGCGUGCUGCGCUUGCACUCCAGUCUGCCGGAUCCCACUGCACUUCCUCGGGCAUUACAGACACUCAGCGGUGCACUCUUCCAGAGGCCACCACUAAUCUCUGCUGUAAAACGACAGUUGCGUAUUCGAACGAUUUACGAGUCGAAGUUGUUGGAGUUUGAUGAGAAGCGUAAUCUCGCCGUGUUUUGGGUGUCUUGUGAGGCUGGUACAUAUAUCCGGACACUUUGUGUCCAUCUUGGUCUUUUGCUAGGCGUUGGUGGACACAUGCAAGAACUUAGGAGAGUGAGGAGUGGUGCGAUGUCAGAAAACGAUGACAUCGUGACCAUGCAUGAUGUUUUGGAUGCUCAAUGGAUGUAUGAUAACACACGAGAUGAAUCGUACUUGCGCCGCGCCAUCCGGCCUCUGGAGAGCUUGCUCGUGGGAUAUAAGCGCAUCGUUGUGAAAGACAGCGCAGUCAAUGCAGUUUGCUACGGCGCGAAGCUCAUGAUUCCCGGGCUCUUGCGCUACGAAGCUGACAUCGCAGUUAACGAGGAGGUGGUCCUGAUGACGACCAAAGGCGAAGGUAUUGCUCUGGCCAUCGCACAGAUGUCGACAGUUGAGCUCGCCACUUGUGAUCAUGGAGUUGUUGCAAAAGUGAAACGAUGUAUCAUGGAACGUGACACCUACCCGCGCCGCUGGGGUCUUGGACCCAUGGCCCUUCAAAAAAAGAAGAUGGUCAAGGAGGGGAAGCUGGGCAAGCAUGGCGAGAAGAUUGACGGUGUAACGCCUGCGGAAUGGAGCAAGGACUAUGUGGACUAUAAUCGAGAGCAACCCGGCCCUUCCGCGAUUACCCCUGCGCCUGCUCCAGCUGUGGAGGUAGUUGCAGAGCCUGUUGUUGAUGCUCCUCCCUUGAAGAAAGAGGAGAAAGAGAAGAAACGGAAACGGAAAUCGGAGGCAGCCGAAUCCGUUGCAGAUGUGUCGAUGGUAGAAGCGCCUGCAGCAGAGGACGAUACUGAUAAAGCAGAACGGAAGAAGCGGAAGAAGGAGAAGAAAGAAAAGAAGGAUGAAGAGGCAGAUGAGGAUGAUGAAGCUCGACGGGAGAGAAAACGACUCAAAAAGGAGAAAAAAGCUAGGGAGUCUAUGGCGGCUGCAGACGAGUAG